AUGGAAGCAAACAUACAUGUAAUGGCGUCGCAAGUGGCGGACGUUGUGCACAGUGCGGGUGAACGCAGCGUGGGUGUGACGGUGGAUGACGUACACUGUCCCAUCGACGAUGAGUUCAGGCGUCACUUGGAGAGUGUACAUGACCUCCACGAGGCGGAGACUCACGAUGUGGAUACAAACACUUCAAUACCAGUGUUUGAUCCUCCCGGAGCACAAAGGAAACUGGGUAAUGUUGAACAUAUCGCCAUCCUGCGGCUUCUCACAACCAUGGUGGCCAGACUCCACACCCACCUCUCUCACCCACACACCACUCCGCUCUCCACGCCGCUCUGCACUGGAGCCUCCGCCUCCCUGCCUCCUUGUGGGGCAAGGAGAGAAACAGCCAAAGAAGCUAAAGAGGAAGUACACAGGGAAAAUGAGAAAGGAAAAGUCAUAGAGGAGAGCUGUUUUCUUGUAACAGACCUGCUACAGGACCCCAACGCCCCAGUGGUCUUGGUGGCCGAUGACACCGAUGAUGGUGUGCGGCAACAGAAGCAGCAACGGCAGGGUUUCUUUGGGCAAGGCCAUGUGGGCCGCAAUGAUUCUUUUUGGACUACGCACCAAGGACUGCAGGAGACGGGCAGCUCCUUGGCCAGGUUAUUUCUGGUAUACGCCCUUCCUCAUGGCGGCGGCGGCCUAGUCUCUGAGGCCAUCUUCAAUGUGCAUCCAAAAGAGGUUUUCUUCUUGUACCAACCACUGCACAAUUUGCCGCCCAUCAUUUCUCAAACCAACAAGAGGCCAGUGGAGUGGCUACAACUUCUGCUGAAUUGUUCCCUGGAUGUAGCAGGGCACCUGUUGCACCUGCCUCACCUGUGGAAGUCAAGAUCAUUCCGCUUCAUACAUGCAACCCACUGCCACCCUCACCAGCUGGAUAUGGCCAAGUGUGUGGAAAUAGCCUGCCAGAGAAGCAAGUUCCGAGCAGUCUUCACCAGCCAGCUCACCAUGGUUGAGAUCACAGAACUGCUCACAGUGUAUCACCACCUGCUCAAGGUGGUGGUGGUGGUGAGGGACCCCCGGGCACUGCUGGCUACACGCUUCCGUUCCCGUCCCCGCCCCUCAGCGCAGCACUUGCAACUGCAGGCUGAGAGGAUAUGCAUCACCAUGGCAGCCAAGAUCAGCUCUGCUCACUCUUUGCAGUACCGUUUCCCAGGCACAGUGUUGGUCCUUCACCAUGAGCACCUGGUGUCUCAUCCUGUCAGUGUAAUGGAAGCUGUGAACCAGUUCCUGGGGCUUCGGGUGAGCCACCACCACCUUGCUGCCACACUUGCCUUCCUUGGUCUUGACGCUCCAGAGCAGGAGCGGCUGCAGCUGGUCAAUGCUUUUGCUGUUUCAGAUGUGGCAACUAGACUUCACACUUCAAGAAGUGCGACACAUGGACAAAAGCUGCGACAGAUAUUACCAAGGCCUUCAGUAUUUGCCUGUCCCAUUCACCAUCACUAUCAGAACCAACUUUUUUGUUCCCUGGUGGGAGGCUAAACUCUAAACCUUUACUUUGCACACAGAUGAUUUCAUGUUCUCAACAUUUUAUGUAUUAUUAAAUUUGUGAUGCAAAUUCUUAUGUGCAUCAGCAGGUAAUGUCAGUGAAUAUUCUUUGGAAUGUUACAGGUGUAAGCUCUGUCACCUUGCAUUCCAGAUGCAAAUUUAACACAAUGUAGAGUUUGUGGUGUUCACUAAUGAGACUUUAGAUAGUAGCAUGUUGCACAACCUGGUCCUGAGACACAGACGCGAACUGACUGUUGCUGUGAGAUGCUGGUACGGUGUGAGGGGCUGCCAGAAGCACCUUACAAAGUUUAACACAGGCAUGACCUGUGCCUAAUAAAGGGCAGCCACAGGGCACAUUUGGAGACUUGCAAUAGAAAAAUCAGUUGUACGUAUGUGCUGCGUAAAACAUGACAUUAAUAUAAAAUCUUGACAUCAUAGCAUAUUAUUUAGCCACUGAGAAGCUGAGCAGGGGACCCCAACAAAGGAACAUGAAUGGAUACUAAGCCUUAGCUGAUCACAGGCAAAACGUGUGCUGUAAGCACUGGCCAAUCAUAAGGAACACACAAGCUGUGAUGUCAAAAUGGAAUGAAUUACAGACUUAAAAAAUGUAACAUUAAAAAAUGCUUCAAGCAAAAGAAAAGGCAUCUUGCCUGGCAAAGUAUGUUGAAUGUAGGGGAAAACAUUGCACUGACAAACAACAUUAGGAUAUAAAAGGCAUGCAUGCAGAGAGAGAGAGAGAGAGAGAGAGAGAGAGAGAGAGAGAGAUUCAAAAUAUUUAUCUAAAAGUUAAAUUUGCUGCAACAUCCAGAGACUUACUGUAAGAUGUGAGAGAGACAACUAUCAAGUCAAUAACAUUUAUUUUGCUUGCCACCCUCAGGAGAAUGGUUAGUACUGUAUAACUAUUUCUCCUAUGAUACACAUUCAAAGAGAACCACAGGAGCAGAAUUGUUUUAGAAGAGAAGUGGACAACUCUAUGAAAGAAUGCAGAAUACAUUUUCAUUCUGUUGAUUAAUAUCUCUUAUCUCUAUUUUGAAAACAGAGAUGCAGCCUUGGAGGAGUACCACCAUAUUAGUGUAAUGAAUGUUUCCCUGUACUUAAUGAUGACUGCAAAUUACUGUAGGAGCAUUAUGUUCAACACAUGCAUUCCACAAAAUUCUGAUAGUAGUGUAAUUUUCUACCAAUAAAUUCAUUAUGAGCAUAUAGUAAUGGUAACUUGAGAGCACACUACUCCUUUUCUUCUUUAAUUAGUCAAGCUUGAAGUGCUUUGAGGUGUCUGAGUAAUUGGUAAAAAUCAUCACAGCAUACCUCCUAAUAAAGUGAUUCUGUCCAUUCAUCUGUCUUGUUCUCCAAAGCAAAACUUUGGAGAUAAAAAAUAUGAUAGAAUAUUGAAAUUAUUAAAUAUUUGUAUAUAAAAA